AUGUUCUUCUUCCUGCUCAACCUGGCCCUCAGCGACAUGGGCAUGAUCUGCACCACUGUCCCCAAAGCCAUGCACAAUUCCCUCUGGGACACCAGGAACAUCUCCUACUCAGGAUGUGCUGCACAGGUAUUUUUCUUUGCCUUUUUCAUUGCAUCAGAAUUUGCAUUUCUCACCGUCAUGUGCUACGACCGCUACGUGUCCAUCUGCAAACCCCUGCACUACGGGACCCUCCUGGGCAGCAAAGCUUGUGCCCACAUGGCAGCAGCUGCCUGGACCAGUGGCUUUCUCAAUGCUUUGCUGCACACAGCCAAUACAUUUUCCCUGCCCCUGUGCCAUGGCAAUGCCCUGGGCCAGUUCUUCUGUGAAAUUCCCAAGAUCCUCAAGCUCUCCUGCUCACACUCCAAACUCAGGGAAGUUUGGCUUCUUGCGGUCACUUUCUGUUUAGCUUUUGGCUGUUUUGUGUUCAUUGUUUUCUCCUAUGUGCAGAUCUUUAGGGCUGUGCUGAGGAUCCCCUCUGAGCAGGGACGGCACAAAGCCUUUUCUACCUGCCUCCCUCACCUGGCCGUGCUCUCCCUGUUUCUCUGCACUGACACAUUUGCUCACCUGAAGCCCUCCUCCAUCUCCUCCCCAUCCCUAGAUCUGGCCCUGUCAGUUCUGUAUUCGGUGGUGUCUCCAGCCCUGAACCCCCUCAUCUACAGCCUGAGGAACCAGCAGCUCAAGGAAUCUCUCAGGAAAGCU